AUGGGAUUUAAAUUCGCAGCAGCGGCGCUCGCGGCGCUGCUGGCGGCGCUGCUGGCGCUCCGCCUCGAUCCGGGUGUCACUACAGCUCCCAUGCAAUUCAAACUCCCCAGAGACCCCGACGGAACAAUCACAAAAGUGGAGGGAGUGGAGCGCAUCACCUUCUCAGUGCUGUCCCACGGCAAGCGCCUCCACUGCUGGCUCUUCGUCGCCCCCCAGCCCCUCGCGCAGCCGCCGCCCGUUGUCGUUGCUGCUUACGGCUUGGGCGUCCAGAAGGACAUAGCGAUGGUGCCGCUGGCGCUGGCGCUGGCGCGGGAAGGGUUUGCUGCAGUGCUGUUUGACUACAGACACUGGGGAGUCUCCGAGGGCCUCCCAAGACAUGCUGCAGCGCCGCAGCAGCAAGUGGAAGACUUGACAGCUUUGCUGCUGCACUUGGGGGCCCCGGGGCCCCUCAGCAGCAAACUGGACAGCAGCAGAAUGGCCCUCUACGGGGCCUCGCUCGGCGGCGGCGUCGUCUUGGCUGCUGCAGCAAAACUCUGCAGACACAAACACCCCCUCAGCAGCAGCAUCAAAGCUGUUGUUGCUGCUAUUCCCUUCGUCAGCGGCAGCAAAACCCGCAGCAAGACCCUUCAGGAGCGCGGGCUGCUGGAGACGGCGCGCGUGGGCCUGGCGGUGGUGCAGGACCUGGUGUGGAGUGUCUUUACAGCUGAGAGCGCGGUGUACAUCCCGCUCGCGCGCAGCAGCAGCAGCAGCAGCAGCAGCAGCAGCAGCAGCAGCAGCAGCAGCGGCAUCAGCGCGCUGCAGCUGGAAAGCCAAGAACACCACAUUUGGGCCUCGCGAACGCCCCUGGAAGGCCAAGUGGUCGACGGGGCCUGGGAGAACAAACUGGCGGCGAGAUCGCUGUUUUGGCUGUCGCAGUUCGAGGUCGAAGACUUGGCCGCCGAAUUCCUCUCAGUUCCCACCCUGCUGCUCGCGGGGUCCGCAGACACCGUGUGCCCCAUCGAGGCCAUUCGAGAUCUGGUGUCUAGACACCGCAAGCAGCAAAGCAGCAGCAAGCAGCAAAGCAGCAGCAAAAUGCUUUUGAAAGAAUUCCCCUUAAGGCACUUCGACUUCCUCACGCAGCAGAACUUCCCCAUCCUCGUCAGCAACACUGUGCAGUUCAUCAAGGAACAGAUCUGA